AUUGUGUGGUGGCCGGGCCCUGCAUGCCAUGAAGCGUUCGGCGGCGUCCACCGUGCCCCUCGCCCUCGUCCUCAUCGCCGUCGCGACGACGGCGGCGGCCGCCGACAUGACCGGCGCCAGCAACUACCUCGUGUACGUCGAGCCACACCCGCCGGGCGUCGACUGCCAGGCGUACCAGCUCGGCAUCCUGGCCGCCGCCCUCGGAGGUGAGGCCCAGGCGAAGGCGGCGAUGCUGUACAACUACAGGAACGUCAUGAGCGGGUUCUCGGCGAGGCUCACGCCGCCGGAGUUGGAGGCCGUCAAGAAGCAACCUCAGGUGAGCCGGGUGCUGCCGAGCGCGACCUUGUCUCUGAUGAGCAGCAAGUUCGACGGCGUCAGCUGAUCCCGCUUCUUCCAUCCAUGCACCAGCCAGAGCAAGCUCAUCCGUCGACAAACCCCUAAAAUAAAUACAUGUUUUAGUUUGUUAAUUAAUAUAUAUAUCAUUAUGGAAUAAAGAUACCAGGAUGUGGACCCAUGAAGCAGAAGCAGAUCAAAUACUGCUACAUGACGGGGGCAUGCCCUAAUGCAGCAACGGGGAAUGAAGAGCAGUCUGACGAGUGUCAAUAAAAUAGGAUAUCAUGUAUUUUCAAACAAAAACAAUAAUCAAACCGUUUUCAAUUCUGAUUUUUAA